AUGCCCGGAACAUACCCAUCCCCGAGACCGACGGCACCACGCGAGCGUGGCAAAUCGAGGAAAGAUGACAAAAGCUACAAAAAGACCAUGGGCCAUGGCCACAAUCAAAGUGGAACUAUAAAAAGCCAUGCCCUCCGGAUCGCGUUGAAGGGAACCAAACACUUGUUUCUCUUUCCCUUCUGGUUCAACCAAACGCACAGGCAGCAGAAACCCUCUCUACCUUCGCCUCGGGAUUACUACCCGUCAGAAAAGCACCCACUUUCGCCUGAAUAUUGGGGUAUAGCGGACGUCAAACACUCUCAAAUGCCUUUGGAUGAGCCAGCCAAGAAGGAGGUGUCGCAUGAAUUUCGCGAGGGCUUCCGGCACACCGAACUGUGUGAGAGACUAACAGGUGCUAAUCAGACCGUGCCUGCUACUAAUCCAAGGAAGCACGAUGAUCAGGAGGGUCUUUUGAAACGUGAUUUUAUCUACGACAUUCUCCUAUUCACUUUUGACAAGCAAUUGAGGCGACGCAUGGUCGUGGACUUUGAAACAGAAGCUAAUUUCAUGGACCACGAUGUCUUCGAAAGAAUGAAUGUCCGCAUGGACCCGUAUGAUGGCCCGCCAACCCAACUUACCACUCGCGGGGAAUUGACUCCCCUCGGGAAAGUGCAGGCAACAUGGAUUAUCGUUGGCUUUGAAACGCCAUACUGUGCCGAAUUCUACGUCGUUAAAGGUACCAGUUUUGAUGUUAUCCUCGGCACGACUUCAUGUCGUGCUAUCGAUCUUUCCUCUGUGGAUCCUAUGGUUGCCACACGACUCGAUAAUUUGAAACAGACAUAG